AUGUAACGUAAACUAUAGAUUUUCAGUACUGGCAGUAAAUAUCGGAACACAACCUUUCAUUCACAUGUGACGCACUAUUGGUUAAAAAGUGGAGUAUAUCCAAUGCAUUCUGACCACUUGAAUAAAAAUUAAGGAACAAAAUCUUAAAGAAAAAAUUGAUUAUAAUUAAUUAAUUUGAUUUCUCCAUUCUUAUCUUUCUAAAUAUCUUACAACCGGCUCACUUUUUUAUGCCAAUGUUUAUGUCAUCAAUCUCGAUUACAAGAUAAAGGUUAUGGAAAACAACGAAAAUUCAAUGCAAAUAGAAGAGCAACAAACUGCAGAGGAUGAACAUGAAGAUGAACGCAUUUCUUAUAAUGAAGAAAAUAACAUGCAAGAUGACGAUAAAAAUGAUGAUCCAACUAACAGUUUGAAAUCAACAAAUACAGUAGAUCCAAAUUUGGAUGUCUCGGAUGUAGACUCUGAUCAAGCAUGUCCAAUUUGCAUGGAGCAAUGGACAAGCUCAGGGGAACACCGCUUGUGUUGUUUACGCUGCGGACAUUUGUUUGGACACAGUUGUAUUCUGAGAUGGCUACAACAUUCUUGUAACAGUACAAAUCGUCGUUGUCCACAAUGCAACAAGAAGGCUUCAGUAAAACAAAUUAGAAUGUUAUAUGCAAAGAAACUAACAGCAAUAGAUACUGCAGAAUAUGAUAAACUAAAGAAUGAAUUACUUCAUGUAACAGCUGAAAAGAACCGUAUACAAAUGGAAUUAUCACAGUAUGAUAUCCGUAUGAAAGUAUUUGACCAGCAAAUGGCUUGUAUGAAGAAACGUAUUUCCGAACUGGAAAAUCAACAAUUAGAGAUGGAUGUUCAUGAGAAUCAAGAUUAUCAUAUUUUGGAUCUCUCGAUUAAAAAAUUUCACCUGGAACGAUCUAUAGAGAUCUGCAAAGAGGGUGGAUGUCGUGUAUUAGAUUUUAAUCGAUGGCACAAUAUUUUGGCUGUUUCUCAGAAAUCAACAAACAUGCUGUUCAAUGGAUAUGGCAUAAGGAAAAUUGAUUGUGAAUAUUUCCAUUCACGGCAAUUUAUUUUCUUACACACUCAGGCUAUAAGAGAUGUAACUUUUCAUUCUUCGCAACAAAUGCUCCUUCUCAGUGUCGGUUUUGAUAAAUGUGCAAAACUAAUGGAUAUCCAGAAUAAUAUGACAGUGCACACAUAUCAAACAGAUCAUCAACUUUGGAGUUGUUGUUGGUCAGGUGACAACCCACAUAUUUUCCUAACUGGUGCACAAAAUGGAUCCAUCACUCAAUUUGAUAUCAGACAAACUUCUGGUGCUGUUAAUGUCCUAGAUGGUCAUGGUGACAGGUCGCCAGUUGUAUCAAUGGCAACAGUACCACCGAAUCCUGAUAGCGGUAUCAGUAGGGGUGGAUUUAUAGCGUGCCGUUUUCAUACGUGUUAUGCAUAUGAGAUUAAAGACAGCAUAUAUUUACCCAAGCAGAUCUUUUUAGAGGGUCCUUUUGUUUCAGUACGUUAUGACAAGAGAAAUCAUCAUUGUUUGAUAUCGUCUCGUCCUAAUGCUAGGCAACCACACGCAAGACAUGUAGUGUGUACUAUUGGAAAAAAUUUAUCUAACGAAGAAGUAAUUAUGUGUAAUACUGUACAUACAUUCCAAGCCGGCAAUUCUCAACAACUUUUAUCUCGACCAUGUUACUUAUAUGCAGAAAACGACACAUUAGUUGCAGCACAUAUAGAAUCAAGUAGUAAUAUAUCAUUAUGGAGUACAGCAAAUGGCAAACAAUUGCAUAAUCUUCCCGUAUCAGAUGCUGUUAUGGAUCUAUGUUCGUUUGAAGCUAACAAUUAUUUAUUUUUAGCAACACUUUCUGCAAAAAGACUUAGAUUAUAUAAUUAUGGACAACUAACAUAAAGUACAAAUAUACUAUAUGGUUUGUCUCGCCAAUUAUUGCGUGUGAUACUUUGCGUGAGACAUAAUUGUCUCUUUGAUAUUAAAGCAGAUUGAAUUGUUAAAAAUAUACUUUUUUUUAAACUGUAAUAAUACACAAAACUCUUU